AUGGAAUGUAUGUUUUGUUAUGCCUCUUCUUUCAACCACGACGUUUCUGAAUGGGCGGGAACUGCAGCAACAAGUGUGCAAACAGAUAUGUUCACUGGCGCAACAGAGUUCAACAACAAGUACACGUGUUCUACGACGAAUCAGGCAAGCUCGUGCACUGAAAUUAAACGCGCAUGGAUCUCUCCCUUUCCUCCGCCAACUCUGCCAAGUUAUCAACCUCGAACGACUGUUUGUGAUGUGGACGUAAAUAGACAGACAACGGUUGAAACCUAG